AUGUUCCUAUUCUUUGUCUUCUUUUCUAUUUUUUUCGAGAUUCAUGGUAAAGGGAUUAGUUACCCAUUUAGUGAUAAUAAGUUACCUAGAGUAGUCGUUUUACCACAGGAUAACGAAAAAGAACCCAACACAUUUAUUAAGGAGAUAGAUUUAGAGAUAGGCUCCGAGAUCCAAGUAGUAGCUUAUUAUUCGAAUAGAUUCGAAUUAGAAAUACUUUGUAGUAAUGUGCUAGCUUGUCGCCCCUUGCACAUUAGUAUCAGGCCGCAGGAGGACGCCUUUGUAUUUAAUUCUAUGUUUCAAAACGGGUUGUUCGAUAUAGAAGAAAGAAGAAAGCUGGUUAUUAGUAAAUUAUCUUUGUUUAGAUUUAAUAUUCACAUUCGGGAAAACGGUUAUGAGGUAGUGUUAAACGACUAUUGGUAUAAAUUCUAUUCUCAUCGCAUGGACUUCAAAUUAGGAACUCAAUUUCGUGUAAUAGGACUUGUAGAUGUAACCGAGUACGCUUUUUUCAAAACACCUGAAUAA